AUGAUGAUCAGGGUAUCACUAUUACGGCCCUUGAGGGCAAUUAAGGUAAAACCCACCUCGAGUCUAAGUAUGGUAAAACUUUCAUCAGGAAUAAUUCAAAGUCCCCAAGUUCGUUAUAAUUCAACCGGAAACAGUAUUUCAGAGAAGGCUACAGAGAUUAAAAAUACGUUGACAUCGUUUGAAUCGAUCCCAGAUGAACCUAUAACAACUCUUUCAUCUGAUCAAAUUGGGUACUUGGAUUCAAUUGGGAUGGCUCAAGGAUUUGGCCCCACUGCUUUACUUGAAAGACUAUUGGAGAUUUCUCAUGUGUAUACGGGACUUCCUUGGUGGGGAACUAUCGUUUUCACAACUGUUGCAGUCAGACUUGUGAUGUUUCCUUUGUAUGUGAAGUCUUCCAUAAAUGCUGCCAAAAUGACGGAGAUUAAACCUCAACUUGAUCAAGUGAUGAAAGAUCUCAAGGGAGCCGAGAGUCCUCAAGAUCAAGUAAGAGCAGCACAUAAAAGAAAAGCCUUGAUGAAAGAGCAUGAUAUUCAUAUGUCACAUCAGUUGCUUCCAAUGGUGCAGCUACCAAUUGCGUAUGGGUUCUUUCAGGCGACAAGGAAAAUGGCGAAUUUCCCCGUUGAUGGUUUUCAGACACAAGGGUAUGCGUGGUUCCAGGAUUUGAGUCAAGUUGAUCCCUAUUGUGGACUUCAAGUUAUAGCUGCUGCCCUUGUUGUGUACAUGGUUCGAUUAGGAGGAGAGACAGGAGCUGCGACAAUGAACCCAAUGAUGAAAAAGGUUAUGACUUAUGUCCCAAUCUUAUCCAUUUUCGUUACUAAGGAACUCUCAGCUGCAGUGGUGUUAUACUUUGCUGCCAAUGGUUUGUUUUCAUUCAUUCAAGCAAUGGUUUUGAGAAAUAAAUAUUUCCGUAAAUUGGCAAACAUGCCACCAAUCGUCAAGCCACAGGCAGUUCCUGGUUCAAGCGAGCCUACUACUGUGACCGAAUGGUGGAAGGACUUUAACCAGAAUAUGAAUAAAAACGUUGAGAACAAAAUGAAGACAACAAAUACAAAAUUAGGAGCGAUCGAGAAAAGGAAAAGUGGUGCAAAUGGCGGUUUCAUAAAAAGACAUUAA